AGAAGGUCUCGGUGUCAACUGCUACCAACCCUGCGGACGGCGAACGGAGAGGUUCGAAACUAUCAUCAGUCGCUGGGCUCCAUCAUCUCUCCUGGAUCUUAACCAUGGCCAAACUGCUGUGGCUUCUGCCUCUCACAGGUCUGGUCCUCCUCUCAUUGACUGCAGCUCCCAGCUCGUGCAAAGUCGUAGUGUUGGACAGCCAUCUUGCAUCGCUCGUCCGUCGCGAGGUAAAAAGUGACGGCGCGGGUGGUCCUGGGGAUGUCGUCAAUGAUGUAGGGGACCAGAAGGUCUACGAUGGUCAGAAAACAAAUGGUGACAGAUGAAUUCAAAGAAUUAGUCGCAAGUGACCUUAGUGACAAUGAUCUGCAGGCGCUGAUGAUCGUGGAGGACACAAAGUUUGGGGCAGAAGCAGACGAACAUGCCGGUCUCAAGUAUCUGCGAGAUGUCCAAGGUAGGAAGCAGACGACAUCGACACCCAUCAGACGCCGCCGACAGAUAGGCCGAGCCAUCUUCGCCGCAGGUCGAGCCUUGUUCCGCUCCUUCUCGCGAAACCCCGCCACCCAGAGUGGCUCGCGCGUUACACAGCACUACUCCAAGCCAGGCACCUACCAGGAUGCAGUGCGCGAUUUCCAGUCUCUGCGCCCGACUAAUGUCAAACCCAUCGACCGACCUGGUCUCACCGGGCAGACCGGCACGAUGGGCAACCAUCAGAUCACCAUCCGUGACUACAGCAAACAAGGCAGCCCCACCAUGGAGAUCCGCAGCCACGGAGGUGACCUAGUGCGCAAGUUCCGGUAUGAAAAUCCAAAGUAAGAAUCAGACAGAACGCGAACUCUGGACCGUUUAUGGAUUCCGCGUGGGAUCUAAAAACUUCCACGCAGAUCGAUCGUCAUCAGUAAAUUUGUUUGUAAAACAAUGAGCAUUUAUUCGUAAAUUGAAAACCAAAAUUAGGUCUGAAAUAUAUCUAACGAGUGCGUGCGUGUGCUUGAGUGUGAAAUUUUCAUUUGUUUGUUAUUUUUUAAUUUUGUAUCGACUGUAAAUAAAUUUUGAAUUACAUC